GUUGUUAUAGUAAUGAGAAUUUCGUGCUCCAAUGAUUGGCGAGUUUGCAUAUGGAUCCUUGUGAUUAUUUACAUAUAACGGGUGAAAAUUUGAAAGCUAAUUAAUCUGUUGGUUUUGCAUGAUUUUGUCGGUGUUUCGAAAUUUUUAUCGAAUAGUUUUAAGAGGUGUAACAGUUGGUGUUUUUGUUACGACUAAACCAAUGACGCAUUGAAUGUUCAACAUUAUACGAAGUGACCCAUCGUGGCGAAGGUGAAGGUAUUACGACGAGUGAAGAUCCUAAUACCAAAUUUGUACACGGUUUUUAAAUAUACACCUAAUUCACGAUGAAUCAUGGGAAGAGUUGCAAUCGUGGAACAAAUUUUUUCCGAAAAUACAAUCACGAGACUCCAGAAAAGGAAGAAGAUAUAGAUUUAUUUUGCAAGAUGACAAAUAAAUUUCCAUGGCAGUACAUCAAGUCUGGCUACUCUAAUACUAGUUCGCCAGGUACCGCGUCCUCAGGAAGUAGCACAAAUUCUCAGUGCUAUGGCCAAUCUCCCGAUGAUCUCAGUGUUGAUUCCCUUAUUAACAGUCUAUUGCAAGUUGUAAAUGGUGAUAGUUUUAAUAGACCCUCUUCGUCACAAUUCUCACAUACUGGAAAUUCAAUUACCGGAUGCAAAGACUGCAUUGAUACAAUUUGCGACUCAUGUUCUUCGAGCCAACUCUUAAAUGUCACAGAGUUAAGUCACGAGGAUGAACACAAUUCUCUGCAAACUAUACUCACAGAAAUAUCGAGUCCACCAAUAAUCAACGUACCGAGUUUAUCAUCUGCAACAUUGACUUUUUUUUGCGAUCUUCAUCGUGAUGCUCAAAAAUUUUAUUGUCAAACUUGCAGUAAACCCCUGUGUGGUGAAUGUGGGAUUCACCAUCAUCAUGGUCAUAUUACAGUAAAUUUUCAGGUGCAAGCGAAUCAAGUUCUUAAAGAGGCCAAACUGGGAAUUACAGCUCUCAGAGAAGAACUAGACGCUGUACAAAUAGCAGCUGAAAUUUUGGAACAAAAAGCACGACAAGCAACUGCAGAUGUGAUGCUGUGCAUAAGAAGGGUAGCUGCAGCUUUAGAAACAAGAGAGAAAGAGUUAUUAGGUAAAAUUGAAAAAGCUAGGCUUCUUAAAUUUGCUGCUCUGAAAGCAAGGGAUGAAGGACUUAGAAAUGGAAUAUCUCGAUUAUCACGAGCUGCUGACAAACUUAGCGAAGCGAUGGAGUCUAAAACCCUUUCUAAUAAUCCCCUAAACUUGCUGCUUACUAAGGAUAUGGCUUCAGCUGAGGUUUUCCAGAUCCGGCAGAGUCGACAGUGUCUUCCCUCGCAAGAAGAAAAUUGGAUUUCUUUCAACGGCUUAGAAGGGACUAUACUUAAUGCUAUAGCAAAUCUUGGAGCUGUUGUAGUAAAUAAUCCUGGGCCUAUAGGCGAUCGUCGAGCUGUAAGAGGUCGUGGAAAUUCGCCGCAAAUAUUUCUUAGACAGACAGCUUCUAUUCCUUCGACUUCAGUACCACGAGGAAGGCCAGUUCCUUCAAACAGUUUCCCAGUUACAGUUAGAAUAAACCGUGGUCCUGACUUAUCAGUUAAACCAGUGAAAAUGAUUGGAAACGAGGGCGAUUCAAAAGAUAAUCUUUGUCGACCAUGGGGUAUAGCAUGCGACAGAGAAGGACAUGUAGUCGUUGCAGACAGAUCGAACAAUCGCAUUCAGAUAUAUCGACAAGAUGGUGUUUUCUUGAGAAGAUUUGGUAGUCAUGGGACUUCACCAGGACAAUUUGAUCGGCCGGCUGGCGUAGCGGUCGACGCGCGUCGCCGUAUAGUUGUAGCAGAUAAGGAUAAUCAUCGUAUACAGGUGUUGACAAUGGAAGGCCUAUUCCUUCUAAGUUUUGGUGAAAAGGGGUGUAGAUGUGGACAAUUUAAUUACCCGUGGGAUGUAGCAGUGAAUUCUGAAUGCCAGAUAGCUGUAUCUGACACAAGAAAUCAUCGUGUCCAAUUAUUUAGUCCAGAAGGUGUGUUUCUACGGAAGUAUGGUUACGAGUCAGCGCCGAAUAUGUGGAAGCAUUUUGACUCUCCGCGUGGAGUGGCGUUUAAUCCAGAAGGCAAUGUUGUUACCACGGAUUUUAACAACCAUAGAGUAGUAAUUAUUGACGCGGAUUUCAUGCAUGCUAGAAUCUUCGAAUGCGAAUGCGCAGGCGGAUCGAAACAGUUCCUAAGACCGCAAGGUUUAGUCAUUGAUGACGAAGGUAAUGUUAUUAUAGCUGAUUCUAGAAAUCACAGAAUACAAGUGUUUGAUUCAGCUGGCCUAUUGAAGUGGCGAUUUGGCAGCUACGGGAAAGGUGAAGACGAAAUGGACAGACCGUCGGGCAUUGCUUUGUGUCCCGAUGGUAGAAUCGCAGUUGUAGAUUUUGGUAAUAAUCGAGUUCUUAUUAUUUAGGUCAGUUGAUUGGUUUAUGAGAAUAAGAUUUUAUACACGUUGAAUAUGCAACAGUAAUGAAAGAAUCACAUUACUGUUUUCCUCGAUUUUAGAAGUAAGCGUGUGACGCUUAGGCCCACGAAUCAAGCGUUAGAGGCAAUAUUUUCCUACUCAUUGUAUAUAAUAUGGAAAUCCGUACGGGUUCCUUUCGAAGCUUCGGGUUUUCUCACUUUGAGUGCCAAGCAAUAAGUACAAAAUGAACUCUUUGUUCUGAAGUCAUAUCGUCGUGAAGAUUUCCAUGAAAAGAGAUUAUUUUCGCAUUAUUCAUAUGUAGUUAUCACAUGCCUGUAAAUUUGUAAUGUGUGCAGGGAAACGAAAAAUAUGAGCAUACUCAUGUAGCAAAACGGAGAGUGAUUAUUUCAGUAUUGACUAUCUUAUAAGAUAGCAGUAAAUUAUAAGAAAGAAAUAGAGAAACUUAG